GGUGAGAUCUCAUUGGUGCAGACGGUCUAACCACCUCCGGCCGGUCAGCUGUGUCUCUUCAUCUCCUCCUCCUUCUCCUCCUCCUCACCACACGGAGUCCACACAGGAGUCUGCAACCUCGGAGGUCGGAGUAGAACACGCUGCCAGUAUCACCAGUACCACCAGUACCACCAGUACCACCAGUAUCGAACCACCGCCGACAUGUCGCUCACCGACGAUCCCAACUACCGGAAGCUGGAGCAGUGGUACAAAGCUAAAGCCGGCGGCCUCAGCAUGAGGGACAUGUUCGAGUCCGACAAGGACAGGUUCAGCACGUUCAGCACGACUCUGGAGACAGACGAUGGAGACAUCCUGCUGGACUACUCCAAGAACCUCAUCAACCAGGAAGUGAUGGACAUGCUGCUCGCCAUGGCCAAGUCCAGGGGAGUGGAGGAAGCCCGAGACAAGAUGUUCUCUGGAGAGAAAAUCAACUUCACCGAGGUACCAGAGACAGUAAACGCACCGUCACUCAGUCUGUUCAUGCUGCAAAGUACACUCUUUCAUCAGGAUAGUCUGUCACUGCAACAGGUCUAAAAUGUUGGAGGGAAU